AUGGAAUGGGGAGGAGAAACCACAUGCUGAUGGCAAUGGAUCCAUAUGUGACUUUCCUGGCAGGGGUAUGUAGGUGGCCAAGAAGCAAGGAUUCGAUGCCUUUUCUUACACAAAGAAAUCCAUCUGUUUCCUGUGUUUCUCCAUCAAACUGAGUUUCGGUAGGCACUCUGUUGUUCUGGCAAAAGGUGAAUGUAAGACAUGAAAGAAAGAGAGCGGUUCUUGGCUAAAGAGGCCUGACAUCAUGCCUCAUCUCAAAAAUAAUUUCAUCGAAAGGAAGCAGUCCACUGCAUUUCUCUUUCAAUAAGCAAGGAGGAAGAGGAUUUCCAGAUAACACAGUUCAUCAGUUAUGCAGCAAGCAGAAGCAGACUGCAGAAAAGGCACAUUUCCAAAACCCAAAUAGAGAAAGCCUAGGUUGCUUUCGAAAGGCAAAAGAGAAAAAUCGUACAGAACUAGUCCUUGCAAGAGAAGCUACUGCAUUUUCAUUUGCUAAGCAGUCUCCUGCCUCCACGGCUCCCUUGCCUGGCAGAAGAAGGAAAUAGCCAGACUAGGUAUUCUGCAGGUCUGAAGAAAUCCAAAAUGCGCUGUUUGGAAAAAGGACCCAACAUGCGUUUUCUUCUGCUGCUUUGCUCCCUGUCUCUUUUGCAAGGCCUGCCUGUCUGGGAAAAUGAGGAAGCCACCCCCUCCCCACUGUUGGAGGCCCUCUCGUCAGAGGCCAUGGGGGGACCCAAGGAGGAGGAACUGGGGGUGUCAGCAGAGGUGAGGGGGUCUUCGCCCCCCAGUCCCGAAGGCCGCUCCGAAUUGCUGCAGGGGACACUGCUGAGGAAGGAGUUUCUUGGGGGCGAGUUGGCAGAAGAACCUAUUCCUGGAGGACAUCCUUCUACUUUGCCCCCAUUCCAUCCACCCAUCCAGCAUCUAGAUGGUGGGAUGGUCCUUGAGACCUCCGCGGCCACAGCCACCGGCCCCUCCCCGUUGACCACUGCUGCCCCUCCCACUGGCUUCCUACUCACAACCCCUCCAGCUUCAACAGCAGCAGCUCCCCCCCGGUUGCCCCCUCCACCGGAUGAGGCCGGUUCCGCCAACCACCCCAUCUCAGCCACCACCACAUCCUUCAUCCCAGAAGGUGAUGAGGAGACGACAACCACCCUGAUUACUACAACGACCAUCACAACGGUUCACACACCUGUGCUUUGCAACAACAACAUCACCGACGUAGAAGGCUAUGUUGAAUCUCCAGAUUACGCUGGUACUACCUUUUAUGGAGGCCUGGAUUGUACUUACACAAUUUCAGUGUAUAUGGGCUAUGGGAUAGAAGUACAGGUGCAGACUCUGAACUUGUCCAAGGAGGAUUCCCUGACAGUCGAAGGUCUGGGAGGGGAGAAGCCAGUUGUCUUGGCCAAUGAGUCAUUGAUGGUUGAGGGGCAAGUGAUCCGCAGCCCAACCAAUCAGGUCCUGAUUCAUUUUCAGAGCUACCACACCAUCACUCCUGGUGUCUUCAGAUUCCACUACCAGGCUUUUCUACUCAGUUGUGGCUUCCCCAAUAGACCAGAAAAUGGGGAUGUCAUGGUAACUGACCUCCAUCCAGGGGGCUCUGCCACUUUCAAAUGUGAGUCAGGCUUCCAGCUGCAAGGUGAAGAGACACUCAUCUGCCUCAAUGUCAGCCGCCCGCGGUGGAGUGGCACCAGCCCUGCAUGUGUGGCUUCCUGUGGAGGAACGGUUCACAAUGCCACUCGUGGACGCAUCGUAGCUCCUGAGGCCCCGGGAGGACCACAUGGUCGGAACCUGACCUGCCGCUGGUUGGUGGAAGCACCUGAAGGCCAGAGGCUACAUCUACACUUUGAAAGAGUGGCUCUGGAUGAGGACAACGACAAGCUGAGGAUCCGCAGUGGGAGUAGCAACUUUUCCCCUACAAUUUAUGAUUCUGACAUGGAUGACGUCCCAGAACGGGGACUGCUAAGUGAUGCUCAGUCUCUCACUGUUGAACUGAUCAGUGAGGGCCCUGCUACACCCCUCAUCCUUAGCCUGCGCUACGAAGCUUUUGAUGAAGAUCGAUGUUAUGAACCGUUCCUGGCACACGGAAAUUUCAGCACAUCGGACCCUCUGUAUCGUACAGGGACCAUUGUAGAGUUUGCUUGCAGUGCAGGAUACAUGCUUGAGCAGGGUCCUUCUGCCAUUGAAUGCAUUGAUUCAAGAGACCCCCGCUGGAAUGAAAGCGAGCCUACCUGCAAAGCAUUGUGUGGUGGGGAGCUCUCUGAGUCAACAGGUGUUGUACUUUCUCCUGACUGGCCCCAGUCUUAUGGAAAAGGUCAAGACUGCGUUUGGGGCAUUCGGGUGCAGGAGGAGAAGAGGGUGCUGCUAGACAUUGAGAUCCUCAACAUCCGCAAGUCUGAUGUGCUGACCGUUUUUGACGGAGGGGACUUAACCGCCCGGAUCCUCGGCCAGUACCUGGGUCCCCAUCCUCGCUUCAGCAUUUAUUCUUCAGGCCCAGCAGUCACACUGCAGUUCCAGUCAGAUCCCGGAGACCCCCUUUUCGGUCUCAGCCAGGGGUUCCUGGUGCGGUAUAAGGAAGUCCCACAAAAUGACACUUGUCCUGAGCUGCCUGAGGUGGAGUUUGGAUGGCGCACAGCUUCUCAUGCCGCUGUCAUCCGUGGCACAGUCAUAACCUACCAAUGCGAGCCAGGCUAUGACAUUGUGGGCUCUGACAUCCUCACCUGCCAGUGGGAUCUGUCAUGGAGCAACAGCCCGCCUACUUGCCAGAAGAUUAUUAAUUGUGCUGAUCCUGGAGAGAUUAGCAAUGGCAAACGGAGCGUCUCAGACCGACAUUUCUCCAUCGGCUCACACGUCCAGUACUUCUGUCAUGAAGGCUACGUAGUGGAAGGGAGCAGCACACUGACCUGCUACAACCGGGAUACAGGCACCCCUAAAUGGAGUGACCGAGUACCCAAGUGUGUCUUAAAAUAUGAGCCUUGUCUGAACCCUGGAGUUCCAGAGAAUGGGUACCAAACUCUUUACAAGCAUCACUACCAAGCAGGAGAAUCGCUGCGCUUCUUUUGCUAUGAGGGCUUUGAACUUAUAGGGGAAGUGACAAUCACCUGCAUACCAGGGCAUCCAUCCCAAUGGACCAGCCAGCCACCCCUCUGCAAAGUGGCCUAUGAGGAGUUAUUGGAUGACCGGAAACUGGAAGUCACCCAAACCACAGAUCCUUCCCACCAGAUGGAAGGCGGCAACAUUGCCCUGGCAAUCUUCCUCCCCAUUAUUCUUGUCAUCCUACUGAUUGGAGGCAUCUAUAUCUACUACACGAAAUUCCAAGGAAAAACUCUCUUCGGCUUCUCCUUUUCCAGCUCCCACAGCUACAGCCCCAUCACUGUGGAAUCUGAUUUCAACAACCCUCUCUACGAGGCUGGGGACACCAGAGAAUAUGAAGUUUCCAUUUAGAAGACGUUAGAGGAUCUGCCAUUCUUCUCCCAGACCCAAGUGGGUCUGAGGAGCAGCGACUGAGAAUGAUUCCUGAUUUGGAGGGAAUAGUGGAACGUGGUUUUUGGGAGGGGGCUAAGGGGAAAUGGAGGGGAGAGAAGGAGUUUAUCCUUUCUACCCCACAAAUUCAGCUUUAUCUCUUCUUCUCCAUGUUGCUGCCUCACUGUCCACUCUCAGCUUUGGACCACUCCCUUAUCCCUUGUAAAUACUCUUCAAUGUGCCAAAUGUGUUUCACACACACACACACAGAGUUUUUCUGCUUUAUCUGUUAAUUUUAUUUCUCUAUUUAUUUAUUAAGCUCACUUGCCUCUUCCUUUAGUUUACUUAUCAUUCAUUCCCUUAGUGGUGAAAAAGGAGGAGUGGGUUACCGCCCCUCAUCCCUUCUUCCAUACUUUAUCUCCCACUCCGUUUUUUGAGGAAGUGGGUAUCAGUUCUAAAUGGUGCUGCCAUUAAAAAUAAAAAUAAAGUAUCUCUGUAAACAAGGCUGUAUAGUAACAUCACUAAAACCCAAUAUAUGUGGCUUAUCAUGAGGAUAUAUAUUUAGUCUUAAAGUCAGUGGCAAACAGAUAAGGACAGCAGAAGAAGCCAAGUGCUGAGAGGCAUUAGAAAAGGUUAGAUGUCUAUCCCUGAUUCUCAAAAGCCAGAUAUCGACCCCUAAUUCUUAACAUGGAAGCAAGUCCCGUUUUGUUCAGGAGAAUUUACCUUCAUGAAAUUGGGAAUACAAUAGAUAAGGCGUGCAAAUCUAAGCAGGAUCACAGAACCACUGACUUCAGCUGAUCAUAUACACAAUCUGAGUUUUGCAAGGUCUAUGUGCUGCAACUGAACUGCCCUAUCGAAAAGAAACCAGGCUGCAAUUUUAGGGGAUUUGCGGGGAUGUAACAGACACGCCGUCUCCCCUAUAUUAUAGAACACUGAUGCCUCCAGGAAUAGAUUGCCAGGUGUCAUAGCCUGGGGCUGUUGAAAGAACCUACAAAGACAAAACACUGUAAUAGGUUUACUAGAUUUAGCUGUAUUUUCUUUUCCUUUCUCGUACCAUUAAUUCCUUUGGCUUACUACUUCUUACUCCUGUUCUAUGCUUUGCAUAAUGUUGCUUACCCCAAAACGGAACAGUGUGACGGGUAUCUAUGUAUGUAUGUCCAUACAACCCUGGGAGUGGGGUUGACUCCCAGAUAAGCACACACAGGGGUGCUGCCUAUGAAGGGCUUUCUACUUAUAUUUUAGUUGUUGUUCCUCUAAUCUUCUAAUACUUCUCCCACCUCUCUGAAAGCAAAAAAAAAAAAAAAAAGUAAAAUAAA